AUGAAGUUCGGAACGAAACUAAAGGAGUACUCUUUACCGGAAUGGAAUGAUAAAUACAUAAAUUACGCGAAUCUUAAAAACUUACUUUGGUCGUGGAAACAUCGAGUAGACGUCAAAUCAAAUUGCCACAAGACGACAAUGAAAAGCACGACAUAUGAUUAUGAAACCUUAUUGGUACCUUUACAUGAAAGUACUUAUAAUGAAGAGGAACUGCUUACGGAAGCCUGGAAUGCAUUCAACUCAGAAAUUGAUAAGGAAAUCAAGAAAAUAGAGGAUCACUAUCACUCGGAAACAUCGUACGUCUGUCUCACUGGCAAUUUACGACCUGGUCGGUCCAGUUUUUUAGAAGAUAGAAUCGACGGUAUAUGUCAUGAACUCGACUUAAUCGAUGAAGAACUUGAACUUGGCUCAAAGACUUUAGACGUCGCAACUGGCCACCGAGUCCGAUUACGGCGGGCUCUUGUCGGACUUUGGGAGUGUUUCGACAAAUUGGAUAGUUACGUGAAUUUGAACAAAUUGGCCACCUGGAAGAUCCUAAAAAAGAGAGACAAGCUAUGGCGACUAGACAGGAAGCAACAGGAUUACGCAGUCAUAAGUGCCCGCCUCAGUCUGCUCAAGAAAUCACCACGAAAUGACGAAACGAUGAUGCAAUUGUGGUCACGGUGUAGUACGGAUAAAAACUCAGAACAUCUUGAUGUAAAUAGCCUGAAGGCCGCUGUUUUAAGGCAUACUGCAUUUCGAUCUCAUUCCGGUGGACGUACGGGGCUAGUAUGGUUUCUAUGUGGUAUAUGCUUCGUGCUAAUCGUCGAUGUGGUUGUUCUGAUGUUUAUCAAGCCAUCUAAUCCAAGUUAUUCGACGCAAGCAUUUAUCAAUACGAUGCCGGUUUACCGUAUGUGUCUGGCAGUUGUCCUGUUAAACUGGGGCUUUGGUGUGAAUCUGUUCGUAUUCGAGUUGUAUGGUGUGAAUUACAAGUUCCUUUUGGACUUCAAUCCGGCUUCUGACAUUCGAUCGACGACGGUGCUUGGAGUAGCUGCCGAAGCAUCAGUAAUUUGGUGCGUUAACUUUGCCAUGUUCUUCGUCGACUACCGAUAUGGUCUUUUUGUGAAAGAAGGCUGGUAUGGCAUCUACCCCCUGUCUCUGGUCAUUGCCAUGUCCUUCUUCUUCUACUACUUUAGCGAUGCAGAACUUCGCAAAGGAAUGUUCCAAACUAUUACUAGUACCAUAGUCGGAGCGUUCUUGAACCGCAACGUUACUUUGUUAAACAACAUGGUCGGUGAUAUCAUGACGUCAAUGGUGAAGCCUUUUGCGGACAUGGAGUACAUGGUAUGUUACUACAGUUCUGGGUUGUGGCACGGCCAAGAGACACACUGUUCGGUUGACCGACCGGCGACGACAUUGAUUACGAUGUUUCCGUUUGUGGUUCGUUGUUUGCAAUGUGUGAACCGGAUUGUGAAUACAGACCGAUCGCAACGUUGGCGGCACGUUGGGAAUCUGGGCAAGUACAUGGCCAGCAUCACGGUGAUUUUGUUCACCAGCGUUGAGUCACCGUACAGCAGCGUUCCGUACAUGUCCAGCUACAUACGCACUCUCGGAUUCGUUUUCCUCUACCUCAUUGCCUCCCAAUACUCACUUUACUGGGACUUCGUCUUUGACUGGGGACUCAUUCCAGACUCCGAAAACCUCGUCCGUCCCCACGACAGCUCUAUGUACCCACUCUGGCUCUACCAUGCCGCCGGUACCUACAACCUCGUGGCACGUCUCACUUGGGCUGUAACACUCGUGCCCAUCGACACCAUCAGCCACCUCCCCCAAACUGCCGCACUCCUCACACUCGGCGUCAGCGUCCUCGAAAUCGCUCGCAGAUGCAUCCAAACGUUGCACAGCAAACCCAACGUUGCGGUAGUGGAUGUUGUUGCGUCUGGAGAACGAGCACAUCACGAACUCUUCGCGGUACCGCGGUAUGUUGUGGGUGCCUCCGCUGCCGUUGCCGAAGGCGGCGACACCGGCGACGUCUUCGGCGGCAGGGACAGAGGGGCUAAGUUUCUGGAUGACGGCAAGCCGUACGUCGAAUGCGAAGGGCAAAUUGCGGCGGAGUCAGAAGCACGGGACAGCAGUUUAUUUGAAGAAUGGGUUGCGGCGUUGCGGCAGCGGUGGAUUUAG